AUGCGCUUCACGCUCGCCACUCUCGCCUUUGCGGUGCUCGCUGCCGCAGACCCAAUCCCGCAAGGCGUCACAUCUGCUAUCGCACCCUCAGGCACUCCAGAAGCGGCGUGCUCUCCGAACUACAAUGGCGUGUUUGAAGUCAUCCCGGUGAACAGCAACACAAAGCGUAGCCUCGAAGCACGCCAAAACACACAGCUCGGCAUCACCCUCGAAGACGGCAUCCUCAAAGACCCCGUCGGCCGCCAGGGAUACGUCGCGUCCAACUCGCAGUUUCAAUUCGACGACCCGCCGCAAGCUGGAGCCAUCUACACCGCCGGCUUCAGCGUCUGCGCGAACGGCAGCCUGGCCAUCGGCAACGACGCUACCUGGUACAAGUGUCUCAGCGGAACCUUCUUCAACCUCUACCUCGACAACGACGCUGGGCAGUGCACCGAGUGCUACCUCGUGGCGCGGCCAGUCGGCAAAGGCGGGCCUGUGACAAGUGGCGCGGCAUCGGCAUCGGCGUCCAUGGUCGUCUCCUCAUCAGCGGCUGCCGUCAACGGGUCGUCUCCGUCUAUGCUGCCGACUGGAGGCGCAUCGAACGGGACGAUGUCUUCGUCUUCUAUGGCCGGCACGAGCACGCGCACGACGACCAGACACACUGGAGGGGCGGGUCAGACCACUGGGAUGUCUGCCUCGUCCACCGGAGCUGGACAGACUACUACGGGAGGAGGAGCGGCGGCUUCACAGACCUCGGCGGCGGCAUCUUCAUCAACAGGCGCGGCGGAUGUCGUGAUCCCGGCGGGAAGCAGCUUUGGGUUCCUGGCGGCAGUGUUGGCUUUGUUGGCGAUAUGA